UCUAUUGACUUCACCGAAACAAAAACGAAAUGAAACGAAACUAUUUCUUUCCACCCAGAAAAAUGGCGAUCUCUCAAAACAUCGCCACCCGUCUGCUUCUCUUAACAACACUCCUCUCCCUCUUUCUCUCUCUCACCAUUUCCACUUCUGACCCAGAAGAGCUCGUCAACGAACUCCUCUUCCUGCAAUCCCAAUCCAAAACAGGCGUAAUCCACCUGGAUGACCACUCCAUCUCUCGCUUCCUAACCUCCACCAAAACUCCACGCCCCUACUCCCUCCUCAUCUUCUUCGAUGCCAAGCAGCUCCAUGACAAGCACGAGCUCCACCUCCAAGACCUCCACCGCGAGUUCUUUCUCGUCGCCUCCUCCUUCAUCCUCAACAAUCCUGAUAAAUCCUCCACGUCCUACGCUAAACUCUUCUUCUGCGACAUCGAGUUCAAGGAAUCCCAAUCUUCCUUCUCCCUCUUUGGCGUCAAUUCCCUCCCUCACAUCCGCCUCGUAGUCCCCAAUGUGAAGAACCCAAAAGAAUCUGAUGCAAUGGAUCAGGGGGAUUUCUCUAGAAUGGCCGAAUCAAUGUCAGAUUUCGUCGAAUCCAGGACCAAACUCUCUGUGGGACCUAUCCACCGUCCCCCAAUUCUCUCCAGGAGCCAAUUGGGUUUUCUAUUCGCUGUUUUGCUAAUCUGGACGCCGUUUAUGGUCAAGAAGGUGUUGACCGGCCAGACAUUGCUUCACGAUCCGAAAAUAUGGCUUGGUGGGGCCGUGUUUGUGUAUUUCUUCAGUGUUUCUGGUGCAAUGCACAAUAUAAUUCGUAAGAUGCCCAUGUUUUUGGCCGAUCGAAACGACCCCAACAAGCUGAUUUUCUUUUACCAGGGGUCCGGGAUGCAGCUGGGAGCAGAGGGGUUCGCCAUUGGGUUCUUGUACACCAUUGUGGGGCUAUUGUUAGCCUUUGUGACUCAUGUGCUUGUGAUGGUUAAGAAUGUGACAGCCCAGAGAUUGGUUAUGGUCGUUUCACUAGUGGUUUCAUUUUGGGCUGUGAAUAAGGUUAUCUACCUGGAUAAUUGGAAGACUGGAUAUGGGGUUCAUACUUUCUGGCCUUCAAGUUGGAAGUGAUAAUGCUGUUCAGAUUUCGAGAAGUGAAAGUUGAUAACUUUGCGUUAGUGGGACUAUAUUGGUGUAAGACUUUGAUGUUUCGAUGUAUUUGCCUAGAAUAGAUGACUUCACUUGAACUUUAGCUUCAGGUUUUUUUAACUGCUUCACAAAUACUUAAGUUUUUAUGUUAAAAGGUUUUGUCA